UACCCGGAUGCGCCCCAUCAGUCCUGUAACAUAAAGGGUUUGGUUGGUCGUGUUUAGUCAUCCAGUCUCACAUCAGAAGAAAGGCAUUUAAUCAUGGGGAAAGGCGGUGGCACGUUUGAAAGGCUGCUGGACAAAGCUACCAGUCAGUUGCUCCUGGAAACAGACUGGGAAUCCAUCCUGCAGAUUUGUGACCUUAUUCGACAAGGCGACACACAGGCUAAGUAUGCCAUUGGUGCCAUCAAGAAGAAGCUUAAUGACAAAAACCCACAUGUGGCACUCUAUGCUCUUGAGGUGCUUGAGUCUGUGGUGAAGAACUGUGGCCAGACAAUUCAUGAUGAGGUGGCCAGCAAGCAGACCAUGGAGGAGCUGAAGGAUCUUCUUAAGAAGCAGACGGAGCCGAAUGUGAGGAAUAAAAUUCUUUACCUGAUCCAAGCCUGGGCUCAUGCCUUCCGCAACGAGCCAAAGUACAAAGUGGUCCAGGACACUUACCAGAUCAUGAAAGUGGAAGGUCAUGUUUUCCCCGAAUUUAAGGAGAGUGAUGCCAUGUUUGCUGCAGAAAGGGCUCCUGAUUGGGUGGAUGCUGAGGAAUGCCACAGGUGCCGUGUUCAAUUUGGAGUGAUGACCCGAAAGCAUCACUGCAGGGCAUGUGGACAGAUCUUCUGCGGCAAGUGCUCGUCCAAGUACUCCACGAUUCCCAAGUUUGGCAUUGAAAAGGAAGUGCGCGUUUGUGAGCCUUGCUUUGAGCAGCUCAACAACCACCCCUCCCUCUCUCCCCCUCCUAGGAAAGCCGAAGGGAAAACCAGCAGCAGCGGGCCAGCCGAGCUGCCGCCGGAGUAUUUGACCAGCCCUCUGGCUCAGCAGUCUCAGAUGCCUCCCAAGAGGGACGAAGCAGCGCUGCAGGAAGAAGAAGAGCUGCAGCUGGCCAUUGCUCUGUCUCAGAGUGAAGCUGAGGAGAAGGAAAGGAUGAGGCAGAAGAAUACUUUUUGUGUGUAUCCCAAAGCGGAUCCCACCCCAGUGACUUCUUCAGCUCCACCUGUCAGCACUCUCUACUCCUCUCCUGUGAACUCAUCAGCUCCCUCUGCUGAAGAUGUUGAUCCUGAGCUGGCCCGCUACCUGAACAGAACUUACUGGGAGAAGAAGCAGGAGGAGGUGCGCAAAAGUCCCACCCCAUCUGCUCCAGCUCCCGUGCCAUUGGCUGAACCUCUGCCAGUCAGCCAGCCAGUGGAAAGUCAUGCACCAGUCCAGCCCAUCAACAUAGUGGAGCAGCAGUACCAGAAUGGAGAAUCUGAGGAGAACCAUGAGCAGUUCCUCAAAGCUCUGCAGAACGCUGUCACUACCUUCCUGAACCGCAUGAAGAGCAACCACAUGCGCGGACGCAGCAUCACUAACGACAGCGCCGUGCUUUCCCUGUUCCAGUCAAUCAACAACAUGCAUCCACAGCUGUUGGACAUCCUAAACCAGCUUGACGAGAAGAGACUGUACUAUGAGGGGCUGCAGGAUAAACUUGCGCAGGUGCGAGACGCACGCGCUGCUCUGAAUGCUCUUCGGGACGAGCACCGGGAGAAACUCCGGCGAGCGGCCGAGGAGGCCGAAAGACAGCGGCAGAUCCAGCUGGCCCAGAAACUGGAGAUCAUGAGGCAGAAGAAACAGGAGUACUUGGAGAUGCAGAGGCAACUGGCUAUUCAGCGUCUGCAGGAGCAGGAGAAAGAGCGGCAGCUGCGCCUGGAGCAGCAAAAACACACCAUUCAGAUGCGAGCUCAGAUGCCUGCAUUUUCCCUGCCUUAUGCACAGAUGCAGUCAUUGCCGCCUAAUGUGGCUGGAGGGGUGGUGUAUCCACCUGCUGGUCCCCCCAGUUAUCCUGGCACAUUCAGCCCUGCUGGUUCAGUAGAGGGUUCUCCCAUGCAUGGUGUGUACCUGAACCAGCCUGGACAGACCGGAGGCCCCUAUCAGGCCAUGCCUGUUUCUGCUACAGAUCCGAAUAUGGUGAAUGCCUACAUGUACCAAACUGCAGGUGCUGGUGGACAGCCUCCUGCCCCUGGUCAGGCCCCUCCUACCACCAAUCCCGCCUAUACUAGUUACCAGCCCACCCCAACACAGGGCUACCAGAAUGUGGUGUCCCAAGCCCAAAGUAUGCCCCCGAUGUCCCAGGCUCCCCCCACCAAUGGCAUGGCAUACAUGGGAUACCAGCCGUACAGCAUGCAGAACAUGAUGUCAGCACUUCCAGGACAGGACCCCAACAUGCCUCCCCAACAGCCGUACAUGCCUGGUCAGCAGCCCAUGUACCAGCAGAUGGCCCCCCCUGGAGGUCCACAGCAGCAACCGCAGUCUCAGCAGCAGCCGCCCCAGCAGGCUCCCCCUGGCAGUGCAGAGGCUCAGCUCAUCUCAUUUGACUGAUGGUCCAGUUUAUGACGCACUCCCACACCAAAAUCCCCCCCCCCACCUCGCCCCACCCAGGUCCAGCCAGCACACUACAGACAGACCACCCCCCCCAUCCCCAACCUGCACUUUCCUCCCCCUUAAGUCCCUGAGGGUUUUUUUCAUUUUUUAAUUUAAUAACCUCGCACAUUCUGCCUACUUGUGAUAUUUCUGUAACUCACUGUUACUCACAUGUCCUGGUUAUCAGAAAUAUUGUGAGAUUCUGUUGCUUACAUGUGUUUCCCCUCUUUCCCCAGAGAAGACAAAAAAACAAAAACAUGGUCCUGGUGGGUAGAAAUACCCCCCCCACCCCCACCCCCUCCUCCUCAAUUCUGCCAACUUUUAGCCUUUCUCCCUCUUGGUCUAUUGAGAUGUAUGUAGUGUUUCUUUCUGAAACGAAACCAAGGCUCAGCUAGUCGUUCAUAUUAUUCUUAAAUAGAGUUAAAUGAGUACGCGAAAAACAACACGAAUCAAAAAGUUAGGCGUUUACCAUCUUUUUGUCUGAUAUUUUUCUAAAAAUCGGUCUGCAUGUGUUUUAAUUAUUCUUUUUUUUUUGGAAGUGGGAAUGAGUGUAUGUACAGUGACUCUUUGCCCAAACAAGCAUUGUGUGCUGAUUUGAAUGGAAAGUGUUUUGAGAGGCUUUAGUAAGAAUUAAGAAAGAAGAAGCUGAGUCAGAAUAAGAAGCGCUGGGACAAACAUUUAACACAAGUCAAGCUUAGAGCAAGAUACUGAUCCGAGAACUAUUAUAUCCAUGUUAUAUCUGUGUUAUUGUAUUCAAAUCCAAGACUGACACUAGAUCAGCUGUCUUGCUCUGAAAGGUAUCUUGAUAUAAUUAUGGACGCAGUCUCAUUGCUGUUCUAUGCUGUUCAGUGCUAAAACUGUUACAACUCACAAUCCCUUGCCAGCCUCCUAAUUCUUUGAACUCUUUUAUAAAAAAAAAAAAAAUAAUAAUAAUAAUAAUCUGAUAACAUUCCAGAGCUAUGUUCUACAUAUAGCCAAGCUGUUCCCUGUUGUGCAAUUAUUAGAUCAAGAUCAAGAGUUCUCUGUAUUUAGGAUCAUCAUUACAGAAGAAGCCUAGCUAAUUUUAAAUGUUGCAGUCUUUAGCAUGGACCUCAACUUUCUCUUUUUCUUUUUAGAUCAAAUUAGAUGAGAAAACAAAACAAAACAAAAAAUACAAAAAGCAAGAGAGACUGGCUUAUGUUUUCAAUACUGCGAGCAGGCAAGUUUCCAGCUGUUAGAUCUUUACCGCAGGGUUCAGUGUCACAAAACCAGAAACUAUUGAUUUGAUUUCAUAUAGAAUUAGUAUCGAAUGAAAAUCCGAACACCAGAUCAUCACCACACUGCCAUCUGUGGCUGUUGAAGCUGGUGAUUGUUUUUCAGUGGGAUUUUCAUGCUUGUGUGGUUUUGUUUAGAGGAAGAUAAGAAUAUCAUUUGGAAUCACUCUGAUAGAUGCAGCAGAAGAAGGAUGGCGUGGACUGGACUGGUAAUGCAUGUUUGUAACCUACACCAACCAGUGACUUCUGUAACCCUUUAAUGCCAUCUGUGGACAGCUUUCCAUCAUACUGAUCUGUCUGACUUCAAAAAAAAAAAAAAGAAAAGAAAAAGAAGAAGAAAAAAAGAAUUUUAAGAUUAUAUUUAAUAAAUAUCUCAUUCUUUUAUCGUGCACAUUUUGGCGAAGAUGUUUCUUUUAUUGUGUAUGGAAGAACGUGCAAAAUAAAUCAUGAAGUAUACCAGA